GAGAGAGAGAGACACACAGAGAUAGACAGAGAGAGAAAGAGAGAGACAGAGAGAGAGAGAGUCUUUCCUCGCCAACAGCGCGUCAUUUUUAGAUCCGAGGCGGGUUGGAUGUCUGGAGUUGAGCUCAGACCGCAGCCGGUGUCUCUCGGUGUGUUUGCCUGUCACUUUGUUGUCGGUCAGAGAGGACAGCUUCAGCUAGUCAGAAGGCGGGUGAAGGUGUGUGCGGGAGGUGCGGGAGGAGAUGGUUCCUUCAGCAGGAUGGACCGGAACAAAGUCGUGGCCGGGUUCGUCCCCUGCAGUCUGUUACUGGUCCUGGUCCUGGUCCCGUUCCUGUCUCCGUCCCUGUCUGCAGAGGUCACAGAAGGUGGACACUUGAAUAUUGUGCAGAAUGCAGCUCCCCUCACCUCGAAGGCUUAACAGAAACUGGGCUACUAUAACGGCUCAGUUUCACCACCAGACUCAGGCUCCCCCUGUCUGAAGUGGACAGACUUCCCAGACUACAUGCGACAGUACCCGGGCCGAGGCCUGGGGGACCACAGCUUCUGCCGAAAACCCAGACCGAGAGAGGCCAACCCCUGGUGCUUCAUCAGGCAGAGCUCCGGUGCUGUUGGCUGGGCCUACUGUGACUGCCAUCAGGGUGCAGCCAGAUUGGUGGGGGGGUCAUCAGGCAACAGCGGGCGUCUGGAGGUCUAUCUGAAUGGCCAGUGGGGAGCAGUAUGUGAAACGCACUGGACAGACCGUGAUGCCAGCGUCAUAUGCAAACAGCUUGGACUGGGUGAGAUCGGUACAGCCCUGCAGCAUUCCUACUUCGGUCCGGGUUCUGUCUUCCACUAUGAGCGUCUGGGUUGCCGUGGUAAUGAGAAUUCCCUACUGGAGUGCCGGAGCAGGAAGUUUGUCACCAGCGACUGUAACCAUGGCAACGAAGCAGGGGUGGUUUGUGCCGAGCCUGAAGGCACUGGUAUCCCUUUGAGGCUUGUGGGAGGCCUGGAGGACUUUGAGGGCCGCGUCGAGGUGUACCGGGAUGGCAAGUGGGGAACCAUUUGCGAUGACGAGUGGGAUGACACCGAUGCCGAGGUGGUGUGCCGACAGUUGGGUCUGGGGGGCGUGGCCAAGGCGUGUUCAUGGGCCCACUUUGGUCAGGGUGUUGGUCCCAUCUUCUUGGACGGGGUGCAGUGUUCAGGCAAUGAACUGUCUCUGGAGGAGUGUCCUCAUAACAUCUGGGAGCAACACAACUGUGACCAUAUGGAAGACGCAGGGGUGUCUUGCAACCCAUACACAGAUGGUGCAGUUCGUCUGGUGGGAGCAGACAGUCACUGGGAAGGUCGCGUGGAGAUUUAUUACCAGGGAGAAUGGGGCACUGUGUGUGAUGACAACUGGACUGAGCUCAACGCCCAGGUAGUGUGUAGACAGCUGGGUUUCAGGGGCCGAGCGAAGGUGGCUCCUGACGGGGUGUAUGAAGAAGGUUUCGGGCUGAUUCUGCUGGAUGAGGUGCAGUGUCGGGGAGCAGAGGCAAGUUUACUGGCAUGUACUCACUCUGAGUGGGGCCAACAUGACUGCUCCCACAGUGAGGAUGUAGGUGUCCGUUGUGAGAGGGGAGGUGAUACCAAUGAGGUUCCAGGCCUUUUGCCUUCUAUUGGCCCUCUGGUGCGUUUGGUUGCUGGAGAGAGCAGGAAGGAGGGUAGAGUGGAGGUCUUCAUUAAUGGCCAGUGGGGCAGCGUGUGUGAUGAUGGCUGGAAUGAUGUCAAUGCAGCUGUAGUUUGCAGACAACUGGGAUUCACCGGUGUGGCUAAAGCUCGGUCCAUGGCAUACUUUGGUGAGGGUCAAGGUCCCAUCCAUCUGGACAACGUUCGAUGUUCAGGCACUGAGAUGUCCUUAGGCCAGUGUCCAGCUGUAGGUGAAGAUAGCCAGGACUGUCGCCACAGUGAGGAUGCGGGCGUCAUCUGUGACUACACCCUGGAUCCUGUGGGAGAUGCUGCUGCGGCAAUGCAGACCUGUGGCCUGAGACUCAAUAACCAGCGUCGCCGACGCAGGAUCAUAGGAGGAGAUAAGUCACUGAGGGGUGAGUGGCCGUGGCAGGUGUCUCUGUGGCUCAGGUCUCAGUCUAAAGGAAACCAUCCUCUGUGUGGAGCGUCACUCAUCAACCCCUGCUGGGUUGUGACCGCCGCCCACUGCUUCAAGAGAUUUGGCAGAGACCCGACCCGCUACGUGUUGCGCCUGGGCGACUACCAUACUGAGGAGCAGGAUGACUUUGAACGCACCUUGUCACCUGAAAGCAUCGUUAUCCACAGAAAGUACCACAGUCAGGGCUGGGAGAACGACAUCGCCCUGCUGCGACUCAAAGGCACAGAGGGCAACUGUGUGGCAUUCAACCCUCACACUGCUGCAGUGUGUCUGCCAGAGCCAGGCAACAAGUGGGAGAAGAGGCCCGCUGCCUGUGUGAUCACUGGCUGGGGCAUCACAGACUCGGAGUACUCCCGGACUCUGCUCCAGGCCUGGGUCCCUCUGCUUCCAGCCUGGAAGUGUAAGAAGCAAUACAGCGAUCGCUUCACCAGCCGCAUGCUGUGUGCCGGGAGCCUGUCGGAGCGCCGCCGUGUGGACAGUUGCCAGGGUGACCGUGGGGGUCCGCUGGUGUGCCAGGGGGAGGGGGGCCGUUGGGUGCUGACAGGAGUCAUCUCCUGGGGUCAUGGAUGUGGGAACCCCUUAUUCCCUGGGGUGUACACACGUGUUAGCAGGUUCCUGCGAUGGAUUGACAAGGUCAUCAACAAACCCUACAAGACCUGAUAAUGGAGAGUAACACACAUACUAUACUUUAUACUUUAUACUAUACUAAGUUCACAUCCGUCUCUUUACCAACAUGCUCAUACAGCUCAGCACAACAGUUCAUCUCACAUCUAAUGCAACCAAAACACUUCAUACACAUGUCGGGAUCAACUCUUGGACCAGAACACUGACAACAUUUUUUACCCAACAGAACACAAUGACCUACAAAAACACGAACAGGUAGCAUGACAACAUGGAUCACUGUAGCAUCAUUUAUUUAUUCAUUUAUUCAGCAUAAACUACAAACAUCUUCUUCAAUCUUCUUCUUAAUUGCAUGGAUUGUGCUACCCCACAGUAUGUCACAGAAAUUAAUCAGAAAUGCUCCAAUCUGCUCCAAUAGGCUUUAUCGCAUAGAGUAAAAAUUAAACUAAAGUAAUGCCAACUAGAAAUCCACUCGGAGAGCCGCAAAGACGUCUUUACGUAAAGGUGUGCGUAAAGACGGUCUGCUUUACAUAGCAACAGUCUGUUAAACAUAGAAACGGUCUGCUACACAUAGCAACAGUCUGUUAUACGUAGCAACGGUCUGUUAUACAUAGCACCGGUCUGUUAUACAUAGCACCGGUCUGUUAUACAUAGCAACGGUCUGCUAUACGUAGCAACGGUCUGCUAUACGUAGCAACGGUCUGCUAUACGUAGCACCGGUCUGCUAUACUUAGCAACGGUUUAGCUAUACGUAGCAGCGGUCCUGCUAUACGUAGCAGCGAUCUGUUAUACAUAGCAACUGUCUGCUAUACGUAGCAACGGUCUGCUAUACGUAGCAACGGUCCUGCUAUACGUAGCACCGGUCUGCUAUAUGUAGCAACCGUCUGCUAUAUGUAGCACCGGUCUGUUAUACAUAGCAACGGUCAGCUAUACAUAGCAACGGUCUGUUAUACAUAGCAAUGGUCUGUUAUAUGUAGCAACGGUCUGUUAUACAUAGCAACGUCUGUUAUACGUAGUAACGGUCUGUUAU